UAUAAGUUAUAAAGGCAGAACUUCUUGCUUUGAUAUUCUCAUUCAUCACUUAUCUCAUUCAUCACUUAUCUUCAACCAGCUAGCAGGCCAACAUUGAGUUCUCUUUAGCAGUUAUCGAUAAGAUUUGCUUCACUUUGAAAGAGAUGAACUCUCAGGGAAGAGGCAGUGCCAGAUUUAAUAUUAUGCAGGUGGUUGCAGUGCUACUGCUACUAUGCCUCAUGGCGGUUCAGUUGGAAUAUGUUGAUGCAGCUACCUAUACAGUUGGAGACUCCCGUGGGUGGAGCUUCAAGACUGAUAAAUGGCCCAACGGCAAGCAAUUUAGAGCCGGUGAUGUUCUAAUUUUCAACUAUGACUCUACACUUCACAAUGUGGUAGCUGUGGGGAAGGGUGGUUAUAGCAGCUGCACAACUCCAAGAGGUGCCAAGGUUCUUACAUCGGGGAAGGAUCGGGUGAAGCUCGCGAGAGGACAGAACUACUUCAUAUGCAGCUUUCCAGGCCACUGCGAGUCCGGGAUGAAGGUUGCCAUCAAUGCUGUCUAAUGAUCGACUUAUGUACACUAGCUAAGACCUAAGACCUUUUAUACUAGUUUUAUGAGUGGAAUAUUAGUCCGUAAUAAGAACAAUGUCACGGUCAGUUGGACAUAGAAUCGUGGAUGCAUGAGACGUUUCUAGUUGUUAAUGAGUGUGAAACUUACCAUUAGUUUCACAGGCAUUUACGAUUACUAAUCGCUCACAUGGGCACAGACAACUGACCCUAGUACAGCUCUAUGUUAAUUUCUAGCUACUUUAGUUGGUAUUGCAUGUAUGCAUGUGCAUGUACGUAUAAUGGACCAGAUGUAUCAUCGGUAUGAAUAAGUGAAUUUGCCAAUUAUAAACGGGAAAUUA